UUUUCACAGAAUGAAAAGUGGUUGAAUUUAGGAAGAGUCUUAAUGGGGUUCGUAAUGGCGCUCCUUUACUAUGUGGUUCUAGUAUAUAUUGCCAAAAUAACACCAACUAAGAUUCGAGGUAGAUUUACUUCGGCUAUUCAGUUGAUGGUUUGUUUGGGAAUUUUACUCAUGUACAUCAUUGGUAAUGCUGUGACCUGGCGGACUUUGGCUGUAAUUGGCACUACUCCAUCUCUGCUACAUAUUUUAGGAUUGUUUUUCAUUCCAGAGUCUCCAAGAUGGUUGUUGAGUCCAAUAUGUUGUGGUUUUUCAAGUGGUAUUGGGACUAUAUCAAUGGGUAUUAUCCAGAUACCUGCUGUUACUUUGACCGUGCUCUUGACGGAUAGAUUAGGAAGACGACCACUUCUACUGAUAUCUGCAGCUGGAACGUGCUUGAGUUGUUUUCUGUUAGCCUUAGCAUUCUGCUUUCAGGGCCUCCACCAGUUGAAGGAGCUCACUCCCAAAAUGGUGUCAAUUGAGGUACUGGGGUACAGUGCAUCAUUCCCGUUGGGCAUGGAAGGAUUACCAUGGGUUUUAAUGUCAGAGAUAUUCCCUAUAAAUGUCAAGGGUUCAGCUGGAAGCCUUGUGGGUUUGUCAAAUUAUUUUCUUUCUUGGUUCCUUGUGUGUAUUAAUAUCUUAGAAAUAAUUACUUCAGGAACUUUCUUCAUCUUCUCGGUCAUUUGUGGUUCGGCUGUUGUUUUCAUUGCAAAGCUAGUACCAGAGACCAAAGGGCGAACAUUAGAAGAAAUACAAGCCUCGACUACACAGUUUACUUCUCAGAUAAGAUGA